GCAACUAGGUGUCGUUACUGGAGUCGUCGUUUGUGGAGUCUUCGUCGCUAGAGCUAGUCUUUGUUGGUGUGGUGCCGUCGUCGAUUUUGGCAUUGUUAUUGAAGUCAUCGUUUGUGGAGUCAUCGUCGCUAGAGCUAGUCUUCGUUGGUGUUGUGCUGUCAUUGAUUUCGGUGGAUUUUGUGGUGCAUCGUUAUGUUGUGCCAUCGUUGAUUUCGGUGGAUUUUGUGUUGCAUCAUUAUGUUGUGCUAUCUUUGAUUUCAGUGGAUUUUGUGUUGCAUUGUUACUGGCAUUUCACUGUGGUGUUGAUUUCGAAGUUGUUGUCCUUAAAGUUAAGGUUCAUGCUUUCAGUGAAUUUUGUGGCAUCUCUUUACAUGACGAUUUUGAUG